UUUCUCCAGCCCUGCUGCCAGAGGAGAAAUCUCCCUGCUGAUUCCUGCUUAGGACCAUGUGUGUGGAUGCUGCUUGGGAGAAGUGGGGCAUUUGCUCCUGGCACUGAUCUCAGCUGAGUUUCUCCUGUUGAUUUCUGGACCACAGAUGCUGCUGCUGAGGAGGUAUUUCUGGGCAUCCUUCCCUCUGCUAUCGCCAGUUAAGGACCAUCCCAAAAGCAAGGCAAGUGUCAGGAUGGGCCGCGCUGCAAGAAGCCGACGCUAGGGCGCGAGGUGUGAAGAGUUGGCCAGAAUGACCAACUCCUCCUCCACGUCCACCUCCUCCACCACCGGGGGAUCCUUGCUGCUGCUCUGCGAGGAAGAGGAGUCGUGGGCGGGCCGGCGUAUCCCCGUGUCCCUCUUGUACUCUGGCCUGGCCAUUGGGGGCACGCUGGCCAACGGCAUGGUUAUCUAUCUCGUGUCUUCCUUCCGAAAGCUGCAGACCACCAGCAACGCCUUCAUUGUGAACGGCUGCGCCGCCGACCUCAGUGUCUGCGCCCUCUGGAUGCCACAGGAAGCGGUGCUGGGGCUUCUGCCCGCAGGCUCUGCGGAGCCCCCAGGGGACUGGGACGGCGCCGGGGGCAGUUACCGCCUACUGCGGGGCGGGCUGCUGGGCCUCGGGCUCACCGUGUCCCUUCUGUCCCAUUGUCUCGUGGCCCUGAACCGCUACCUGCUCAUCACCAGGGCACCUGCCACCUACCAAGUGCUCUACCAGCGGCGCCACACGGCGGGAAUGCUGGCGCUGUCCUGGGCGCUCGCCCUGGGCCUCGUGCUGCUGCUCCCGCCCUGGGCGCCGCGGCCGGGUGCCGCGCCACCGCAAGUCCACUACCCAGCGCUACUGGCCGCCGCCGCACUGCUGGCGCAGACGGCGCUGCUGCUGCACUGCUACCUGGGCAUCGUGCGCCGCGUACGCGUGAGCGUCAAGCGGGUCAGCGUUCUUAACUUCCACCUGCUGCACCAGCUGCCCGGCUGCGCCGCCGCCGCCGCCGCCUUUCCCGCUGCCCCGCACGCGCCGGGCCCCGGCGGCGCCGCACACCCCGCGCAGGCCCAACCCUUGCCGCCUGCGCUGCAGCCGCGGCGGGCGCAGCGACGUCUCAGCGGCCUGUCGGUGCUGCUGCUCUGCUGCGUCUUCCUGCUGGCCACACAGCCGCUGGUGUGGGUGAGCCUGGCCAGUGGCUUCUCGCUGCCAGUGCCCUGGGGGGUGCAGGCGGCCAGCUGGCUCCUGUGCUGCGCCCUGUCGGCGCUCAACCCCCUGCUGUACACGUGGAGGAACGAGGAGUUCCGUCGCUCCGUGCGCUCUGUGCUGCCCGGCGUCGGUGACGCGGCUGCGGCCGCAGCUGCUGCCACAGCCGUGCCCGCCAUGUCCCAGGCACAGCUGGGCACCCGCGCGGCAGGCCAGCACUGGUGACCCGGCCAGGGCCCGAGCGAGCGGAGUUGUGGGCUUCUAGCGUCUUUGGCCGCCAUCGCCUCCUUCCCCUGUAAGGUAUCCCCUGCCCCAGCGAAGACUCCCACUGGGAAGCUCAAUAAACCCGUGCGAAGAUUUCGCCUCCACCCCCGUGCGCUGAUACCUGAACCAAGGUCUUCCUUAAAAGGGGUCCCGAAGUCAUUGUGGACGGCCACCUUAUUUUUACCCUUUGUUCCUGUGUUUUAGAGAAUUCUUCAGCCAAUACACUGGAGACUGCAAGAACUUACAAGACUGAUAUUUAAAAAGAACCGAUUAAUUUAUUUCAAGUUUGUUUUUUGAAAAAGAGCUUUCAUAACAUAAAACCCUUCCCACCUUCAUCGUCUUAUGAUACAUAUGAAGCGCCGUAAGUGUGCAUGAACCAAAGGAAAUAAUAUUCAGGAAGGAAUAAUAUGCACAAAAUAUUUGAGAAAGUAACCUAUUUCUGAUGAUGCUUCCUUCUGUUAAAGUUUAGUCUUUGUAUAUUAAUUAACCUGGAUGAGCGAAGCCACAGAUGUGCACACCGACGUGAAUUGCCAUUAAGACCUCAAGCCCUUUAUUCUUAGAAGGGUUUUUAUAAAGUCAUUCUUAAAUGAGAGUCUUAGCCAGUGAAGAAAAACUAAAUUUAUUAUUUUACACUCUUCUUUUUUCACCUUUAAGAUUGAAAACUAGCAUUGAGAGUUAAACUGAAAAAUUUCCAGUUUGUUACUAGUUGGUCUGAGCCAGAAAUGAAAUUUUGAAAACAAACGAGCAUUAUCUAUUUUAGGUACCAGUUUCACAUUUUUGAAAGCAUGCACACUUGUUGCUACCCUCAUUUUGUAACCAAUUUAUUUGCCUUAUGAGUGUGAUUGCAGCUUUGAACAUUCUGUACUAUAAUGGUUGCUAAGGAGAAUAAGUCCUUCUGUUUUCUCUUUAACAUUUAAAAUAUCUCAAUGCACAUGAUAUAAUGAAACACUAAUAAUAUCAUAACUGCAUAGCUAAUAUUAGCUGCUAUUGCAUGCUCCUAGAUGUUAGAACUCAUUGGGCAUGUGGUAUACUAAAGCAAUACCCAUUAGACAAGGACAUUUUACUUCUUCCAGACACCAGAAGAAAUGGCCUUCAAUUAUUUGAAAAGAGACACAGAGACACCUCUGGCUACCUAGAGUUCUUCUUGUCUUGGCCUAAUUUAUGAGAAAACUCCCAAAGGGACUUUAUCUCACAAAUGGAACCUCAGUCAAGAUGGAUUAAUAAUAUGGUUUGACUCUGCAAAGCCAUCUGUGCUCUUUUAGGGUUUAAACAAGCCACACGUUAGAAAGUAACACUGUUUUAUGUAGUUCAUAUAUAUUAUCAUGACAUUUAAAAUUAAUAUCAUAUCUGUUGAAAGAAGUGUAAUAAACAUAUAUAAUGAACAGUUCAAAUGGGACUCUGUUCUCAAAUGUGUUAUUUGAGGUUCGUCAUUUUCAUCAUGGGUUUACUAAAUUUAUUUAGAAAUGUUAGAAAUGCAAAAUCAUGUGAAAUUACCUUAUAAAACUAAAAUGGAAGAAAGUGAUUUUAAUAAUCAUAUAUUAGACUGUUAACUGCAUCAAAUCUGGGCCAUAUGGCCUCAAGUAAGUGUAAUUCAGGAACAAAACCAGUUUGCUUGUUGCACUCUUGUACAUUUGAAUAAUUGUAGGAGUCCAGGAAACUUUGACAUGUUCAUAGUAAAACAAAAAUAAAACAAUUAUGUUCAUCACCAAUAAUAAAACAGCAGUCAUUUUAUUGAUCUGUCCCCUGUGCA